AUGUCAUCCUGGAGAUUAAGAUAUUCAUUGGUUCCUGGUGUUGAAAGAAGUUAUAAAUCCUCCUCAUGGCUAUUUCUAGCUUUGGCGUUUAUCUGCUUCUUGUAUUUGAGCAUUAUUUUUGUUUUUGACACAGUACCACAGGGAUCAAUUACAUGGAAUACGGAAAACUUGAGAAAAAAGUUCGUAUUGAAUGGAAGUCUCACUGAUCUCGUUCAUUUCCAAGUUUUUGGGUCAAAAGCAACUGAACCUGCUGGGCACCGAAUAGCAGUUGUCAUGGUUGUGACAAACCAAACAAAACCAGAAAAUUAUGAUAUUGCUAUACAAACAGUUCGAUGUUAUUGCAAAAUCCAUGAUUAUGAGUUUGUGUUGGCAGUUGAUACAGACUUCAAUUGUGCUCAUAGAGAUAAAUUUUUCCGUCGUCAUUGUGCAGCUGCGAAGAUUCUUCCACUUUUUGACACCAUUCUUUUUCUGGAUGCAGACAUUGGAGUGGUCAAUCCAGAACGAAGAAUGGAAGAUUAUAUGGUAGAAGGAAUAGAUGUUACAUUCUACGAUCGGUUCUAUAAUUGGGAAAUUAUGGCUGGCUCGUAUAUUGCUCGAAAUACGCAGUAUGCAAUCGACUUGCUGAAUGAGUUUGCUGAUUACGAGUUCAAAUUACCCAGGAGUUUUCAUGGAACUGACAACGGAGCACUUCAUAUAUUCCUGGCUGAAAGGCUCUUUCCACACGCUCAAAUUGAGACUAACAUCUGCAAAAAAGUUUAUAACAAGUCCAAUAGUUUUCAAGAUUUAUUCACUUAUGAAGCAUGCGUAAGAGCAAUUUUCGGAGCUGGAACUGAUUUCGGAAAAGUUCGAAUUAUGAGAAAAGGAACAGGAUGGGCAAGAGAUGGAUGGCUGACAUCUAUGCUUUGGCAUCCUGAUAUUGAUUUUAUGUUUCAUGGAUGGAAGACAAAUCAAUUAAGACAAACACCAGAAGUUGGAGUCAGACCCAAUCAAAUGGGAAGAAGUGAGUGGUACAACCCAUUGGGCGGUCCCAUAUAUCUUGAGAGAUGUAGUCCUCAAAACAAAACUUGGUCGUAUGAUCCACGUCUUCAUGGAAAUAAAGAAGAUAUUCUGAGUAGUCUUCGAAAGUUUGAAGAAGAAGUUGCAGUACAGCAGGGAACUGGCUGGGUGAGAGAUGCAUGGCUGACAAGUGGAGUAUGGAAUCCGGAACACGGUUUCAUGUUACAUGGAUGGAAGACUAAACAGUUAAUAAAGACUCCGAUGGGAAGAUUCAAAGCAACUCCGAUGAACUGGUCAACGUGGUAUAAUCCAUUUGCAGGCCCGAUAGAUUUGGAUAAAUGUGUUCGAGGAAAUACUUCUUGGUCUUAUAAUCCACAGCUGGUUCAGGACAAGAAGUCUGUAGAAGAAAGCCUUCUGGAGUAUGAGAAGAAAGUUGCUUUUGAUAAAAUUAAACAGAUGGGCAAAAUAUUUGAAUUGGCGAAUAGAAAAUAG